GCGACUUCUCUGAAAUGUCAUCCUCCAUCGACGAUCUUUUCACAUUGUAAACAUUUGAACAGAGGGAUCAGAGAGCGAGCAAAGAAACUCAUGGAGAAUCUUGUGAAGAUUCAUGGAGCUGGUGGCUAUGACUCCGACUUCAGUGAUGAUGAUGGAGAGGGAGACUCCUCGGAGAAAGCGAGAGAGAGGAAACGUGAGGCGGAAAUCUUACAGAAGCCAUUUGAAAAAGGUCGGCACUCCAAUGUGGCUCACCGAAGCUUACACUUGUGUGAAGUCGACAGAGAGGAAGCCAGAAACAGAAGAGCCCAUCUGAUUUCAAUGAAUGCUUUUGAGCGGCACAAGAAGUUUGUCGGUGACUACAUUUUGUAUUACGGUGGACAGAUGGCUGACUUCAGACGCUCUGCAGCUAAAGACAAAACCGAUCUGGACGUGCUGCGUGAAAAUCACCGGUUCCUCUGGAGGGAUGAGGAUGAGGAUGACAUGACAUGGGAAAAAGAAAUUGCCAAGAAGUAUUACGACAAGCUAUUUAAGGAGUACUGCAUUGCAGAUCUCAGCAGGUACAAGGAGAACAAGUUUGGAUUUCGCUGGCGAACAGAAAAUGAAGUUGUUUCCGGAAAAGGUCAGUUCCAGUGUGGGAAUAAACACUGUGGAAAAGAGGAAGGCCUGAAAAGCUGGGAGGUGAAUUUUGCCUACGUGGAACACGGGGAGAAGAGGAACGCUUUGGUCAAACUCAGACUCUGUCCCGAAUGCUCGUUCAAACUCAACUUCCAUCACAAGAGAAAGGAGGUGAAAGUGAAGAGAAAAAGAAAGAUCUCCGAGGAGAACGAAGAACCAACAAAGAAGAAGAAAAAGAAGAGGAGGAAAUCCUCGUCUCUUUCUAAAAAACACAGACACAAGAAGCAGAAAAGUACUGCUUCUCCACAAUUUAGCUGCUGUUUGAUGAAUUUACGAUUCACAAACAGCUUUGCUUACAUUCGAUUUGAUUUUUGUUUUAUUGAAAGUUUACUUCUCUAUUUGGCAUUUUCCACAGACCGCUCUACCUCCUCCAGCAGUUCGGAGUCAGAGGCGCAAAACUCUGAUAAAGACAGUGAAGCUGGGAAUGAACCAGACAGCCAAUCAGAAGCUGACCACUGGCGAGGCCCCGCCCCUGCUGUGGAGGAAAAAUCAAGGGAGGAAGAGUUUGAUGACUACUUUGAAGACAUGUUUCUUUGAAUCUGCUGGUAUCAGCGGCAACCCUGCUGUGACUACACUUCCUUUUGUAUCCCACUGAUAUUAAGUAUGUUCUAUUUGGGUCUUGCGUGCAUGAAAUAAACAUAAUGUUUACCCUG